UAUCAACAUUAAAUGAAAUUUUGAAAAACAUAGCAUAAAUAUAUUUAUAAAAAAAAAUUUUAAUACACAGAAAAGAAAAAUGCCGUUAACUAUGGCUUUUAGCAGAGCUUGUCUGCAGUGGACUGUUAUCGUUUUCAACACGCUAAGUCUGAUCAUUGGUAUAUUAUCGGUGGUCGCCUGCGUUUACGAAUUGGAAAAAUUCGCAGAAGGCUCAGCAGAACAUAUGGAAAAGAUUGUGCAACUGGCAGCGGCUUGUUUACUGGUGCUCUCCUCAUUCGUGGGCUGCUUAGGCGCUGUUAAUGGUUCUGUUAGAAUACUCUGCUGUUUCAUCACAAUGUUGAUAGCAUUGAUAGUAUCACAUAUAUGGAAAUUAUGGCAUUACAAUGAACAAAAACGUAUGGCAGCAACAGAGGGAUUGAUCACGGCAGCCUGGUUGACAGAACUUGUAACACCAGGCGCCAUGAAUGAACUGCAAGAAUCGUAUGAAUGCUGCGGCGAACAGAGCAGCCUAGACUAUAAGAAGCUAAAUGUUAAAAUUCCACUCACCUGUUAUCGCUAUCAGAAUGGUUUGCGCAGCGUUUAUCCAUAUGACGAAGGCUGCUUAGUUGCGCUAAAACGCGCAUAUCUGACUGUGUAUCGCUAUGAGCGAUUAGCGCAUGCACUACUCGUUGGUUUUGAGAGCAUAGGCAUAUUGGUAGCAUUGCUGUUAAUUUGCAAGUUGCUGACGAAGUCACGUAGAUAUAAUUAUUAAUAAUUUUCAGAUUGUG